CUCGACUUCCCGCCGCUAAGCGUGACUGACUGUUGUAGACCACUGCUCAACCUUACAUAAUGCCCAAGUCUAAGGAGGUGCUCUCUUCCACGUCUGGCAGUGAAUCGGAUGGUGAUGCAGAAACCAAGGUUAAAAGAAAGAAGCCAAGUACUCCUGAGAAGCCUGCUAAAAAACAGAAAAGCGGAGAGUCCUCCAAACCGAGCGGCUCUGCUAAGACCGAGAAAAGCAGCGACAAUAUGUUUCAGAUUGGGAAACUGAGAUACGUCAGUGUAAGGGAUUUCAAAGGCAAGGUCUUGAUCGACAUCCGAGAGUAUUGGAUGGAUCAGGCUGGUGAGAUGAAGCCUGGAAAAAAAGGCAUUUCAUUGAACCCUGAGCAGUGGAGUCAGCUGAAGGAACAAAUGUCGGACAUCGAUGAUGCUAUUAAAAGAUAUUAAGAUGUCUUUGUGAAGUGAAUGAUUGGCUGGUUCUUUUUAGAGUUCUGCACUUUGGUACACAGGGGAUUUAACAAACGUUUCCUGUGACUCGAUAGUAUGUGUGAAAAGUUUAAAGACACCUCUUUGGUUUUGGUUUUUGUUUAUUUCCAACUGUCUGUUGUUAAAUGUUGAUGUGUGGGUGAUUAUUUUAAUAGUUUGAUAGCCAGUGUUCUCACGCUCUGCCGAUGUAAUAAAGGCUUUUCUUGGUUUAGA